AUGUUGCCAGUCAGUCGGAUUUCCCCAAGCAUCCCGGUCACUCAGCUACAUAAGGAUCGCGAGCCAUUAUGCAGGGUCUGCGGCGACCGCGCUUCGGGUCGUCAUUAUGGGGUGGCUUCUUGCGAUGGCUGCCGUGGAUUUUUCAAGCGGAGCGUUCGUCGCGACCUACGCUUCUCCUGCAAGGAGGGAGGAACGUGUGUCGUGGAUGUGGCUCGAAGAAAUCAGUGCCAGGCAUGUCGACUCAAAAAAUGCCUCGCUGUCAACAUGCGGCGUGAGGCCGUUCAGCACGAGCGAGCGCCGCGGACCGGUCCCAGAAGGAGACUCCUCGACUCGAUAUCCGGACUAACUUUCUCAUUAUCGGCACCGACGGAACUAGCAAUACCUUCGCCCGCCGUGUACGCCGCCUACCAGCUGCUGAACCGACCUCCUCCCGAAUUCGUGGAGAGCACUCCGCUUUCGUCGCUCUGGUCUCCCGAUACCCUGUCACGGGAAGCGGGAUCACCGUCCAAGCUCAUGUUGAGCGAGAACAACGCUGAGACCAAGCACGAGCUGGACCUUUCACCCCCGCGUCCUGCUACAGAACGCUCCGACAUCGAGAUAUCGAGUCCAGAUAUGAAACACUCCACGGCAUUCCCUCUGGCGCCGAAUCCCUUCAUUUCGCUUCCGAACCCGGAGGAAAAUCCGCAGGAAACCGCAGCAAAGCUGCUCUUCUGCAGCAUGCGGUGGAUUCGUUCCACCCCGGCUUUCCAGCAGCUGACCUGUGCCGACCAGAUGAUUCUCGUGGAGUACUCAUGGAGUGAUAUUUUUCUCUGUACAGCUGCUCAAUCACGCUUCGCAUUGCCCACAGAAGGUUGUAUCUUCAAUGAGCCAGCGAGCACGUUCAGUCGAAAGCAUCUUCACAUCCUCCGUCGAGCUCUACAAGAACUCAUGGCCUUGAAUGUCGACAACACCGAAUACUCCUAUUUGAAAGCUCUAGCUCUGUUCCGACCCGAGCUGCCCGGACUUUUCGACCCUAGUCACAUUGAACGUGUUCAAGAACAAAGUCUCGAAGCUCUGGAGCAGCACCAGGUGGCGCAGGAGUCGAAGUCUUCAAGUCGUUCGAACCGGUUGAUACUCCUCCUCGGCAUCCUCCGGUCCGCCAGGACCUCGGUUCUCGAGGACGUCUACUUCAGAUCUACGAUAGGACCUGUCCCUAUAGAAAGAAUCCUCUGUGAUGUUCUGCAAUCAGUAACAUAA